UAGAUAAUACCAUUUCCUUCCCAUAUCUGUCCCAACAUACAAUUAUCCUUAAAUCAUGCACGCCUGCGCACGCACACAUGCACACACACACACAAAUUAUGAAUCAAUGAAUCAAACAAUAACAGACUUGGUAUAACAUAAUCAUAUACUAUCACUUUCUUAGGGCCAGAUGGACACCAAUCUGAGUACCUUCUUGACUGGCUGUGGAAGAACAGUUACAAUGGUCUCCAAAAUUCAGACACUUACCACCCUAAACUGUGGAACAGGCAGAGUGUGGAACUGAAGAACAUUGCACAAGUGGACAUGUCUCAGUAUAUGAACACAGAUGCAGGUGUUUAUGAUGUUGUCAAAUCUAUUGUGGAUUUUGGUGUUGGAAUUGUAAAAAAUGUGCCUGCAACAAAAGAAGCCACAGACAAGGUUGUGCAGCAAAUUGCUCAUGUUCAGCACACCAUGUUUGGUGGCAUGUGGGAGUUCAGUGAUCACCUAGACCAUUAUGACACUGCUUACACACGCCAGGCCCUGGGAGCACAUACUGACAACACCUACUUCACUGAAGCUGCAGGGCUGCAGGUUUUCCACUGUCUGCACCAUGAUGGUGAGGGCGGAGAGACAUUGCUGGUGGAUGGAUUCCGAGCAGCCUAUGAUCUAAAACAGACACAUCCAAAAAGUUUCCAGCGGCUCAGCACACUACCCAUUGAAGCUGAAUAUCUGGAGGCUGGAAAGCAUUACAUCAAUGUAGAUUCCAUGCUUAAAUUACACCCUCUUACUAAGAAGUUACAACAGAUAAGGUUCAAUCUAAAUGAUCGGGCACCAAUGAGAAUACUGGCAGCUGAACAGAUUUCUCAACUAUAUGAAGAUAUCCAGUCAUUUUCUGCUAAAGUGAAAGACCCAGAGGGAGAAUGGUGGUUUAAGCUUCAUCCUGGCAUGGUUCUGUUCAUUGAUAACUGGAGAGUUCUUCAUGGACGAGCAUCCUAUACAGGUCAUAGGAAGAUGACUGGCUGUUAUAUAAGUCGAUCUGACUAUAUCAGUAAAGCUAAAGUUCUUGAGAUUAUAUAGUAUCUUUCCACAGGACCAAUGGAUAGCUUGAGGAUGACAGCCUCAAACAUCAAAAGAAAGAAUGCACUGCAAUUAGAAAACUUGCUGCAAAAUUGUUUUUAGUAUAUUAUAAAUGCAAAGCCCUAAUUUAUUCCAAUGGUUGAUUUUUUAUUUUAACACUAUCUCACUUUUAUUUUAAAUUGUAUCAGUUUUCUCAAACCUCCUUUAUAGAAAACGUAUAUAACUUAAAACAUUGAUUUCAUUAAGAACUAAAACUUUUAUUUUAAAAGUAUUCAGUAAAUAUUUAACAAAACACAAAGAACAAUGAAUGCUGCUGCAAUGCAAUAAUAUUGCAAAAAAUGAACAUCAAAUCCUACAAGGUAUGCAAAAUUCAAAGAACAAUUAUGAAAAAUACAUGCACUCUGUCCUUCCAUUCACUUUUUCAAUCAAAUUGGAUACAAGUAGGCUACAACGAUUUACAUUCUGCAUUAAUAUUUCUGAACUGUGUCACAUCUGGCAAUGUCAUCUUUAACACAGUUACCACUUGUAAUUAUUUUAUGCUGUAAAAAACAACAGUGGGUGAAAGCUGCAAUCAUUUGCUGUGCUUCUGUUACUUAGCAACACAUUCUUUAGAGCAUCAGCACAUAAACAUAUGUAUGCGUGACAAAGGACUCUCUGUCUGGGUUUAGGAAAUGAACAUUAAAACUUGGAUCAUUCAACUAAAACUAAUUUAUUUGUAUGAAAAAGCCAUCACCAGAUCAUUAUAUAAAUAUUGUAUAAACAAAAUAUAACAGAAUAUUACAAAAUUUGUGUGUACAU